GGCACAGCUGAGUAGAGUGGAGCGAUGGCGGCGGCAGCGGCGGGUCCCGGGAGGGAGCGGGAGCUCCCGCCUCGCAUGGAGGGUACAAGUUCAGAUCAAAUCCUUCAGACAGGAACCAUUCUUCUCAAAAGCUUUAUCAGGGAUCGAGUACAAUGCUGUGGAGAUUCAGAGCGCAUUGAGGUGACCAUGGCAGAGCUGGAAGAUCCAGAGGCUCAGGCUUGUAAUUCCAAUACCAAAUCGCUAAGUGACUGCCUGCGCCGGAUUGGAGAUGAGCUGGAUGGAAACACGGAGCUGCAGAGGAUGAUAGAACAAGUUCAGAUGUACCCCCCCAAGGAAGUUUUCUUUCGAGUGGCUGCAGAGAUGUUCUCGGACGGUGCUUUUAACUGGGGCCGUGUGGUGGCGUUGUUUUAUUUUGCAUGCAAGUUGGUCCUAAAAGANCAAAGCACAAGUUCAGAUCAAAUCCUUCAGACAGGAACCAUUCUUCUCAAAAGCUUUAUCAGGGAUCGGGUACAGUGCUGUGGAGAUUCAGAACGCAUUGAGGUGACAAUGGCAGAGCUUGAAGAUUCAGAGGCUCAAGCUUGUAAUUCCAAUACCAAAUCACUAAGUGAGUGCCUGCGCCGGAUUGGAGAUGAGCUGGAUGGAAACAUAGAGCUACAGAGGUUAAGAGUGAUGAACGAUAUUAACCGUAUCCCCCCACCCACCCCAGCAGCCAGCGGGAAGGAGACCGUGUGCAUGCUGCGUCACGUGAAUCGAGAAGGGGGGCCGCUGGGACUCUGGGGCUUUCUCCGCCCAGACUCCGCCUUCAGCAAACCUCCGGCCUGA